AGGCGACUGAAUAAGGCGUAAAUGGCCCAAAUAUUUCCUAAAAGAAGACGCUGGCUCUGAGACAACCUGUGUGUCAAAUGUGUCCUGGAAAUUAGGACGCAAAUUACACCUUUUUCGCACAACGGAAGUUUCUGUGACGGAUUUUUUUGGGGGGAUCUUGAUUUACAGGCUGCAAUUAUGGACGAGGACAAUCAAGUACCUGAGGACCUGUCUUUGGAGGAAAGAGAUGAGCUGUCAAACAUACGACGCAGGAAAAAAGAGCUUCUGGAUGAUAUUGAACGGCUGAAGUUUGAGAUUGCAGAGGUGAUGACUGAAAUCGAGCAGCUAACCUGUGUUGGGGAGAGCAAAACCACACAAAGAAACAAACAGAUCGCUAUGGGGAGGAAGAAGUUCAACAUGGAUCCUAAAAAGGGGAUCCAGUUUCUCUUGGAGAACGAUCUUCUCCAGAACACCCCAGAGGACAUUGCGCAGUUUCUCUACAAAGGCGAAGGGCUCAACAAAACGGUCAUCGGGGACUACUUAGGGGAACGGGAUGACUUUAACAUCAAAGUCCUCCAGGCAUUUGUGGAGCUUCAUGAGUUUGCAGACCUCAACCUUGUACAAGCCUUAAGGCAGUUUCUGUGGAGCUUCAGACUUCCUGGCGAAGCCCAGAAGAUUGAUCGUAUGAUGGAGGCGUUUGCCUCCAGAUACUGCCAAUGCAAUCCUGGCGUCUUCCAGUCCACAGACACCUGCUAUGUCCUAUCAUUUGCCAUCAUUAUGCUGAACACCAGCCUGCACAAUCCCAACGUCAGAGACAAGCCCCCCGUGGAGCGCUUCAUCUCCAUGAACAGAGGGAUCAAUGAGGGGGGAGACCUCCCAGAGGAAUUACUCAGGAAUCUAUACGAUAGCAUCAAGAGCGAACCCUUCAAGAUCCCAGAGGAUGAUGGGAAUGAUUUGACGCACACGUUUUUCAACCCAGACAGAGAGGGCUGGCUGCUCAAAUUAGGGGGCCGAGUGAAAACCUGGAAGAGAAGGUGGUUCAUCCUGACGGACAACUGUCUCUACUACUUUGAAUAUACAACGGACAAGGAGCCUCGUGGGAUCAUCCCGCUGGAGAAUCUCAGUAUCAGGGAGGUGGAGGAGCCCAGGAAACCUAACUGCUUUGAGCUGUACAAUCCAAACCACAAGGGCCAGGUGAUCAAAGCCUGCAAGACAGAGGCGGAUGGGCGCGUUGUUGAGGGAAAUCACGUGGUGUACAGGAUAUCAGCACCCACGCCAGAGGAGAAGGAGGAGUGGAUUAAAUCAAUCAAGGCCAGCAUUAGCAGAGACCCCUUCUACGACAUGUUGGCCACCAGGAAGAGACGCAUCGCCAACAAGAAGUGAAGAGGGACAAUCUUCUCCAUGCACAGCCUCCAAACCCCUUCCAUCUUUAUCUCACAUACAGUAAAUCACACAGUGCAGAAGCCCAUUCCCCACAGAAAUGACUGUCAACCCCAAAACAGACUCAGAUCCUGAAGACAAACCUCCACUGAACUGUCUGCAAGUCGUGCGCUUUUUGGGGAGACAUCACACUCUACUGAGAGGGCAACAGAGCUCCAGAAAUCUCAGAUAUGCAGACAUGCAUGGAGCAGCAACCAGUUUGUUUCUCCUCCAUCUCAUACACAUCCCCUACCUCCCCCCUCUCAUGCUCAUAACAUGUUUCUAGGUCUCGCGAAAGCACAACUGCCACGUUUCAGGUGCAUGCAUGUGGGUUAUUAUAGACCCGAUGUGUGUGUGUGUGUGUAUGUGUGUGCAAGUGUGUGUGUGUGUGUGUGCAAGUGUGUGUGUGUGUAUGCUAUAGUGCACACACCUUCUACAGUAUGGGCGCAUUAGCGUUCCCUUCAC